CAACAGACUUUAGCCACAGAGCCAAAAGAAAAUGUUAUCCGCCUUUUGGGGAGACGAUCCCAUUUCCAACGAGUUAAACGUGGCUGGGUAUGGAAUCAGUUUUUUGUGCUGGAAGAGUACAUGGGCUCCGAACCUCAAUAUGUGGGGAAGGUGCGUAUGUGCUCCAGGUGAAGGCCACAGAUGCAGAUGAUCCUACCUAUGGGAACAGUGCCAGAGUUGUUUACAGCAUCCUUCAGGGGCAACCUUAUUUCUCUAUUGAUCCCAAGACAGGUGUCAUCAAAACAGCUUUGCCAAACAUGGACAGAGAAGUCAAGGAGCAGUACCAGGUCCUCAUCCAAGCGAAGGACAUGGGAGGACAGCUUGGAGGACUAGCUGGAACGACCAUUGUCAACAUCACCCUCACCGAUGUCAAUGACAACCCACCUCGAUUCCCAAAAAGCAUCUUCCAUCUGAAAGUUCCCGAGUCUUCCCCUGUUGGCUCAGCUAUUGGAAGAAUAAGAGCAGUAGAUCCCGAUUUUGGAAAAAAUGCAGAAAUUGAAUACAACAUUGUUCCAGGAGAUGGGGGAAAUUUGUUUGACAUUGUCACAGAUGAGGAUACACAAGAAGGAAUCAUCAAAUUGAAAAAGCCUUUAGAUUUUGAAACCAAGAAGGCAUAUACUUUUAAAGUAGAGGCCUCCAACCUUCACCUUGACCACCGCUUUCACUCUGCUGGGCCAUUUAAGGAUACUGCUACAGUAAAAAUUAGUGUACUGGAUGUGGACGAGCCACCAGUGUUCAGCAAACCACUGUACACCAUGGAGGUUUAUGAAGACACUCCUGUGGGGACCAUCAUCGGAGCCGUCACAGCACAAGACCUUGAUGUGGGCAGUAGUGCUGUUAGGUACUUCAUAGAUUGGAAGAGUGAUGGGGAGAGCUACUUUACAAUAGAUGGAACGGAAGGAACCAUCGCCACUAAUGAAUUACUAGACAGAGAGAACACGGCACAGUAUAAUUUCUCCAUAAUUGCAAGUAAAGUUAGUAACCCAUUAUUAACUAGCAAAGUUAAUAUACUAAUUAAUGUCCUAGAUGUCAAUGAAUUUCCUCCGGAAAUAUCUGUGCCAUAUGAGACAGCUGUAUGUGAGAAUGCCAAACCAGGACAGAUAAUUCAAAUAGUUGGUGCUGUAGACCGAGAUCUCUCACCUGCUGGGCAGAAAUUCUCCUUUAGAUUAGCACCAGAGGCUGUCAUCAAACCAAAUUUUACAGUUCAUGACUUCAGAAACAACACAGCUGGAAUCGAAACCCGAAGAAAUGGCUACAGCCGCAGGCAGCAAGAGUUGUAUUUCCUUCCCAUUGUAAUAGAAGACAGUAGUUAUCCUGUCCAGAGCAGCACGAAUACAAUGACUAUUCGUGUUUGUAGAUGUGAUUCGGAUGGGACCAUCCUGUCUUGCAACGUGGAAGCCAUUUUUCUACCUGUAGGACUCAGCACUGGAGCUUUGAUUGCAAUCCUACUAUGCAUUGUUAUACUCUUAGCUAUUGUUGUGCUGUAUGUAGCACUGAGGAGGCAGAGGAAGAAAGACACCCUUAUGACUUCUAAAGAAGACAUCAGAGACAAUGUCAUCCAUUAUGAUGAUGAAGGAGGCGGGGAGGAGGACACCCAGGCCUUUGACAUCGGGGCUCUGAGAAAUCCCAAGGUGAUCGAAGAGAACAAAAUUCGAAGGGAUAUAAAACCAGACUCCCUCUGUUUAUCUCGUCAGAGACCACAAGUGGAAGACAACACAGACAUAAGGGAUUUUAUUCACCGAAGGCUACAGGAAAAUGAUGCAGAUCCAGCUGCCCCGCCAUACGAUUCCUUGGCCACUUAUGCGUAUGAGGGUAAUGGGUCAGUGGCAGAGUCACUCAGCUCCAUAGACUCUCUCACCACGGAAGCGGAUCAGGACUAUGACUAUCUCUCAGACUGGGGACCACGCUUUAAGGUCUUGGCAGACAUGUUUGGAGAAGAAGAGAGUUACAACCCCGACAAUGUUACCUAGGGAAGUAGGAAGGCUGAUACACAUCUAGAGGAGAAAGUUUUGACAAAAAUAACACAGAUAAAACACACACACACACACACACACACACACACACACUCCCAGAUUUUGCAGGACAAGACAUUUUUGAUUAUCCAGUUUCUAACAAGUUGCUCUAUUUAUCAUAUUGUCAUUUUGGUUUAUUCUGUAGCCACAAGGUAGAUCCUAUAAUAUGUACUUGCUUUGUUUUGUUUUGUUAUUUCAGAAAUACACUGAGACAAGCUCAGGCCUAUUAAAUGCAAUUCACUGACAUGACAACCUAGAAUGAAGAUAGCUAUGUGGCGUCACAGUGGAAGAGUGUGUGAUUUUUCUUAAUUCCACUAAAGUGCCUAUUGAAACUCUUAUCCUUGUAGUGGUGUUCAUAACACUCUGCUGUGAUGGCUUGGCAGGAGAGAGAAAUAAGGAGGAAGAAAGCAAACAGUGUCUCUACAUCAAGGAGCAAUAGUGACAAGCUGACUCUCAUUUCCUUUAAGAACAGAGAGUACUUCCCGAACUCCAUCUUCUUAUAAGGCAAAGCUUUUCCUUUUGUAAAUUGUAAACUAAAACAGAAAGGCUUUUCCGAUCCUUUCAGAAACUGGGAUAAAUUAGACAUUAUUAAAUUCCAUAUGUAAGUUAUGAUUUCUAAGAGCAAUGCUUAAGUCAUAGCAUUCGCUCAUGUGAAAGAUGUUAAUUAAGCUGUUAGUUUUUCCAAUAAAAAAAAAAAAAGACAAAUAAAAUAUACAGAAGGAAACAAAAAGAAUCCCUCUUUAUAAAGAGAGGCAUCAGGGCUCAAAUUCCAACAUCAAAUAAAUAUCAGUUUGUUUAAUUCUAUGCUGGUAUAUGGACAUUGGUUUUAAGAAGUCAUUAAAUAAGUUAAGCUUUCAGUCAUAGAUAAAAUUUCAGCUUGUGUUUCUACGGAAAUUUCUGAAAGGAAAUAUUAAUUUAAACAUGAGAAAAAUUCAACAUGGUCAUUCUCAGAGUUUCUAUCUAGUGGUUCUUUGAUAAGCGAUUCAAACAAAAUGCAUAUCAAAUACUGUAAUGUAUAACAAGUAUAUUUGCUUGUUCUAUACUACUGAACAAAUAAGUCAGGGACCUCAAAAAUAAAACCAAUGACUAAAAUCCCAAAGGGAGCAAAACUUCAAUGCCAGGCAGCUGACUCACUUUCCCUAGUGAUGUGGAUUUUAACAUUGUGAACUCAGCUAUUGUAUCAGCUCAGAGUCACCUCUUCAUGAUCUCAUUUACAAAUAUCCUCAUGUAAAUUACUCCUUAUAACUCUUCAGAUAAAAUGUCUCCAGUUUAUAGAAAUGUCUAAGUGAUGAUAGAAUUUAUAACUAUAUUAGUAAUAAACAUAGUUCAAAUCAAUUCCAUAGGGAUUAUACAUUUAGACAUUCACAGGAUACAACAAAUGCAAAUUUGCCACAAAGUAACAGCUAUUCUUAACAAUGUAGUUGGAAUAAUGAACAACUUCUACCUAUGAACACAUUGGAAAAAAUUAAAGAGCUGUGAAUCACAUAUUGCUAAUGUCUAGUUUUAGGAUACAUUUCUGUGAAUAUCAUUAUUAUUUGUGAGGCCAUGAAGAUAAAACUCACACUAUGGAAUCUAAGAAAUUUACAAAAUUAGAUAACUUAAUUUUAGGCAUAUUCUAAAAUGCAUAUUUGAAAUUAUUUAUGGUAUAGAAAUAUGCCCCCUUGUUUCUGUGUUCACCAUUUUUAGACUCAUUUUCUCCCUUUUGGAAUGGGAGAUUUAACUUUCGUUUUCAGUCAUCACUCCAUACCUUUCUUGUUCCAAGUUUCAUGUAAUAAAUAAAUGUAUUCAGUAUUUUAUAUUUGAGAAAAAUCACUGCUUUAAAAAUCUUAUAAUUGCCAUGCUAGAGAAGAAAAAAAUUAAUGACUUGUUUCUUAUUUCAUUGUGUAUAGAUAAUGUCUUCUUGAAGAAGACCGCACCCUAUCAAGACCUGAUUCUUGUCAAACACUAUUACACUUUGUAUCUUGAGAGGAAAUAAAAUGACCUUUUCAUGAAGUUGCUAGCAAAAGCCAUGAUAACCUGGAGAUUUGAGAGGCUGGUGGUUUCAAACUAUGAAGAUUGUAAAAUAUGCAAUGUGUGGCUCUUAGUUCUCAUCACACUCAUAUUUUUGUAAUACCCUACAUUACUUCAUCAGCUCAAAACAGAUGUUCACAGGCAAAGUGAAUAGCAACAGUUUAUUUCCUCAGCUCUGAUGGCUCUCCUGGUCAUGAUGAGCAUCACCUUUUCUUUCCCACUUGUUCUCAUUUCUGUGCUUAUUUAUGUUUCUCUUCUCAUAAGGGCAAUCUUCAUAUUAGAGCAGCAUCUACCCACAGGUCCUCUGUUUGCCUUGUUUAAUAAUAACGGCCUUACCACCAAAUCCUAUUUGGUUUGGUACUACCGCAUGUGGAUUCAUGCAAUCCCAAUCUCAAUAUAUUAACAAUGUUUAUUUUCUAAAUAGCAUUUUACUUACAGUAACCAAUGAAAGAAACAUAAAGAUAAACAAGAAGAAUGAUAAAAGUAAAAUAUGAUGUGGAAAGAUCCUUUGGUGCUUAUAAUUAGAGGAACUAUGAUAUCUUUUAGGAUACUGAAAGGAAACAGCCCAAUAUUUCAAUACCUGUAAUUCCUUGGGAUGUUUUUCAUUCAUAAAACAGGUGUUGACCUUCAUUCAAGCAUUAAGCAAUAUAAAAAUGUUUAAAAUUUGUAUGAAUGAUUUUAGCUAUAUACAAACAGCAAUUUUGUUAUUGGCUUGCAUGUCUAUCUUUAUAGAGAUACAUAUGUACAUAUAUAUAACUUAUAUGUUGCCUUCAAUGCUACUCAAAGAAGUGUAUAGUCAGCAUCCAAAAGUGAAGCAGUGUUGAUUGAUGUACUAAAGAUAAUCUGUGUGUUUUGAACCCUUUCCCCCUUUGACUGAAAACGUCCUAUGGAUCAAAUUCCUUGGCCUUCAUUCUUUUAUUUUCUUUAGUAAAUCCAGUUUCCUAUAUUCAGUGUUGUGUACAAUUAAUCUGAAAUUUUCUUGUCAUUAAAUUACAGUAAUGGUAAAGGUAUAUCAAAUAUCUUACCUACAGACUAUGCUAAUUUUAAAUGCAAAAAAAAAGAUCAUAAUACAUAUUUUUGACUCAUGUAGGGAUUUGAUUGAUCAUGUAUCAAAAAUCACUAGUUCUACUUAGAAAACCACACAGUUAAUUUUUAUCAAUAUACCUGAAAAUUCUUCAGUAAAAUCAAAAGAUAAAGAAGUGUACAGGAAGAGAGAAAAAGGAUCCUAAAAUACAUGACUGCAGGUAUUGUGUGAAGAUGUUCUCUUUCCUUAAAUACUAUGCUAAAAUUUUAACACUUGUAGAAAAUCUAGGGUUGAUAUGCAAUACCAUGGUGCAGUAGUUAAUUUGCACAAGCUCUGGGUUCUGUCCCAGGAGCCAAAAAUACCAAAAAAAAGAAAAAAAUUAUGGUGAUAAUAAUAAACAGAAACCUAAAGCAGAUGUACAUAUGAAAACAUGCUAUUUUAGUGGAUCCAUGACUAAACCUAUUUCCAAUAACAGAGGUGUUUUACUUAUUAGCCUCUUUAUAUUACUAGAAAAAAGACUGACUGCAUAACAGAAGAUUGUUUACAUAAGAUCCUUUACUUAAUCAUUUUUCUCCUUAGCCUUUAAAUUGUGCCAGUUUGGCUGGCUGCCCAAAACUUAUUCAGAACCAUUGUUUCCUCCAUUCAUUAAAAUCAUUUUGAGGGAAUAAGAAAUUGCUCAGCUUUAAAAGAACCUGCUGCUCUACAAAAGGAUCUGUGUUCAUUUCCAGAACUCGCAUCAAAAUGGCUCAGAGCUGUCAGUAAGUCCCAUACAAAAGGGAGUUUAUACUCCUGAGAUUAAAAGACACCUGGCUAGAUAGACAUAUGCAGAUAACUGCAUCUGGAUAAACACAUAUGCAUGUGAUUGAAAAUAAAAAAAAAUAGUUGGAAAAGUUUAUUUUCUCUCAUAUUCUAUCAUCAACUCAUUGGUGAAAGAGAAGGGUGCUUGUAUCCAAAAUUAAUCAAAGGACAUGCAAUAUUGUGUAUGGGGCUAUUAAUCAUUUUCCUACUCUCAGUAUUAAGAAGUUUCAUGUUAAGUCAGAAUGCAUCUUUUGCUAUUCUCAUGAUUCAAUAAUCACUCAUACUUUUAGUAAGGGGGUUGCCACUCUGUGAAAUUUUCCUUUAUUCUUUCUGGUAGAUUUUGUGUUUUAUCUUUUUUUGUAAUUUUAAUUCUUGGUUUAUUGCAUAU